AUGGAGAAGAGCGCCAGCAACGGGGUGGCGACGGCUGUCCCGGCCCCGUGGAACUUCGCGCCAAACGAGACCCUCCUGGGCCUGACGGCGCUCUUGGUGCGCGCCGUGCUGGCCAGGGUCAAGGCCGGGAUGGACUGCAGGACACGCGGCGCAGCCGCCCGGCGGGGAACAAGCAGGCUGGGCGAGGCGAACAAGCAGUCGACUGGAUCCGCAGCCUGUGCGCCGCCGCCAAGGACCGAAGGACGUGUUCAUGCGGCACAGCGGCAGCCCAACCUCGUGGACCUGGAUGACAUGUGCCUUCUUUGCUGUGACGUGCGCCUUCAUGCGUGGGCCGCGUGGGGUGCCUGUGCCUCAAGUGGGCCUUUCGUGGAAUCGUGGUGGCGUGAUGCAUUCAGGGUAUGCCAGUGCAUACCUGGCAUACCCUGUGUCUCCGCCACUGCUCCUACUCCACUUGCGUUCGGCCUUGAGCCCGCACAGAGGUCCAUUGCUCAGUACUUAUCCCGUGAUUUGCCAUAUACAUUGUCACCUGAUGAUGUCUACCUCACAAGUCGCUGUGCUCAAGCAAUUGAGAUAAUCUGCUCUGUCUUAGCUCGUCCCGGUGCCAACAUCUUGGUUCCAAGGCCUGGCUACUUGUUCUAUGAGGCACACGCUGUUUUCAGUGUCAUGGAAGCACGGUACUUCGAUCUUCUACCUGAGAAAGACUGGGAGGUUGACAUUGAUGGCGUCCAAGCCCUUGCUGACAAGAAUACUGUUGCUAUGGUCAUUGUCAACCCAGGAAACCCAUGUGGCAAUGUUUACACCUAUGAGCACCUGGCCAAGGUUGCUGACACUGCUCGGAAGCUUGUAAUAUUUGUCAUAGCAGAUGAGGUUUACGCACACUUGACAUUUGGAGAGAGGAAAUUUGUGCCGAUGGGUGUGUUUGGGGCUGUGGCUCCAGUGUUCACACUAGGGUCCAUAUCAAAGAAAUGGGUGGUGCCUGGAUGGCGGCUUGGAUGGAUAGUUACCAAUGAUCCUAAUGGUGUAUUUCAGAUGACUAAGUGGGCAGCAUCAAGAGACCUUGAUAUCUCGUCUGAUCCUCCAACAUUUGUCCAGGGAGCAAUUCCAAACCUCCUGGACUACACAAAGGAGGAAUUCUUCCAAAAAACCAUCAAAAUUAUAAAAGAAAGUGCAGAUAUAUGCUGGGAACAGUUGAAGGGCAUCAAUGCAAUCACAUGCCCAAGCAAACCAGAGGGAUCCAUGUUUGUAAUGGUUAAACUGGAUAUAUCUUGCCUGUCGGACAUCAAAGAUGACAUGGACUUCUGCUGCCGGUUGGCAAAGGAAGAAUUAGUGGUUGUUCUGCCAGGAUGUGCUGUGGGAUACAAGGAUUGGCUUCGGAUCACCUUUGCAAUUGAUCCGUCUUCCCUCGAAGACGGGCUUCACAGGCUCAAGUCCUUCUGCUUGCGAUACAAGAAGCCGACAAAGUGA